UAUAUUGAAUAUUAGUUGAUGAACGUAAAUUAUGCUACGACAGUUCUUCUAGGUUUUAAUAUUCAUUAUCUUUCGUCUUUCAAGAAAUGACACGUGAUGAGACUUACGGUUUGUUUGCGAGUGAUAGGUGUGAUAGGUAUCUUUUGAUAGGUGUCGAUGACGUAGCAUCGAGACGUUCAUCGAAAAAUUGGAUUAAACAAAAGAUCGACGAAUAGAAGAAACAUGUGUAAAUUCGAGUUUAAACGUGGCAUAAUAUUCGCGUGGCAUGUACAUAGUCUUGAAAGCUGCUAAAACGCAUAUAGUAGAAAAAGGAUGGGCUAUACCUUUUUGGCAGAAAUAACGGACGCUGAUACGCGACCGUGGCACAGCUGUAGAAUUGAAUUUCUCGAAUCACGACUGCCGAAUUGUCACCCCCUGUAAUAAAGAACGACCAAGGGAAUUAGCGUUGUUGCUUCUUCAUCUAUCUUUAGUUAUUUUUUUAUCAAUCACGUGGGCCGAUUGUAUAUCGUGCAGAUAAGAUAUUAAUGCAUGAAAUAAGAAACAUCAAAACCCGAGUACGAAACUGACUCAUAUAUGAGGAGCGGACUACACGAGUCGAGAGCGACUCAUGCUGUUAUUUUGCCUCAUGACAUUGACUCAGCCUUGACGCAGAAAUGUAACGAUAAACAAACUCCGGGCAAAACAAUGUCGCCGCUAUAUGCAACUGCCGAAUGAAGACGAAUUCAAAUUUUUCGACUUCCCCCCCCCCCCCUCCGAUUAGUAUGAACAAACGGACGCGAUCGCGAGCGACACAGAGUAUAUUACACAGUGUAUCACACCGUUUAUCUAAAGUACCUCCGAGUAUCUUACAAGUAUUUAUCGAGCUACGCGACGAGCAUUAACGAGUAUUUAUUCCGCGAUUUUAUUUGGCGAUUUAUAUUUUGCACUAACGACUCACGUAUACGGUUGUACAUUAAUUUAUUAUUUUAAAUAUAUUGGACGGUUCCAAUAACGCUCAAUCUCGUUCUUUAAACCUCGCGAACAAUCCUCCACAAAUGUAUUGACGAUCAAUCGAUAAUAACAUAUUGUCAGUUUUAUUAUCUGUUACGCAUUCAUGUUAGCCGACAUGUUCCUCGGAGCGGGCGGUAUGUUUAAGUCGGGUCAACUUAAUGGAUUUCUCGAGCAAUUUAAGGAGACGAUGGAGGAAGGAGAUGAAAAUCUUGGCAUUCCGGUUCUCGAUCCUUUCAUGAGCAAGCACGAGCAUAUAGAUUUGGAGGAAGACGAAUUGUUCUCAGCAGAAGGACAUCUGAAGAAUUUACGCAUAGAUGGUUUGUCUAACUAUACAGUAAAGCAGGCUGAUUUCCCGCUGGCUGGUUUUAAAGCCAAAGUAGCUCUUCUGUUCCACGAAAUUAACAUUGAGACUCGGUACAAUAUGACAGGUACAUUCCUCGAUGAAAAUUCCUUCAACGGGCGUGGAAACCUCGCCCUCGUCAUUAAGAGACUUAAUGUGACGGCAGACCUGCAACUCCAGAUACAGGAAGGGAGGCUGUACGUUUCAAACUUGGAAUUGCAGACCAGAGUAAGGGAAUUCGACUGUAAUAUCUCCGAAUUAUACGUCAACGAUGAUUUGUCCGAGGAUAUAAGCGAAACCAUCACUGAGGAGGCACCCAAUUUCCUCAAGGAGAAUCAAAAUCUAAUAUCGCGAUACGUAGGUAAGAUUUUGAAGAAUGUGAUCAACGACAUACUAAAAAAGUAUACGCUGGUAAACUUGUUGGACAUGAUUGGCGGUUAAUCGAUAAUUCUAAGUACUCUUUCGUACUUCCAACAAAUAAAUUCGAGUAAACAUAAAA